GGGUUAUUAGAUGGAGAUGCAUCUUCAUCUUGUGGUCCUGAUUCAUGAAAACAAAUAUGUCCGCGCUCUGAUGGUCUCUUCUAGAUGAAUUAGCUGGGUGAAAAUGCGGUCUCCUAGUUGGCCUAUGAAAUAUGAAGAAUGCCAAAGAUUGGUCUCUGAAGUGGAGGAUGCCCUGAGCAAGAGGGACCAAUACCCUCAGAACGCACAGCAAUACUCUGCAAAUGCAGCUGCUGCAAGAAGGACCUUGAUGAAGUUGCAACCCAUGCUUGUUCAUUCAUUGGAAGAGACUGCAAAGGAACAUUCUUCUUUUCUUAUCUCUCGUAUGGAACGUGACAGAAGAGAAGAACUCAUCCAUGCAUUGCAGAGACGGACUGAACUGCUACAGAAUGAGUUGCAGAUGCCAUCUACACAAGGUGCAUCUGCAUUCAGCUCAGGGCCCUCUUCCUCUACAUCCAAGGAAGAACUUUUCAGAACAAGUUCUGCAUCUCAGGUUUAUGGUCACAAUCAAAGUGAAUCUUCCUUUGAUCAUCGAGCUACCUCUUUCAAUGACCCACAGUUUCAGCGACAGCAGCAACAGAGGCUCCUUCAAGUCAACAUCCUCUUUGAAGAGCAAGAUGAAGGACUGGACAUGCUGGCCGAGAGCAUUCGAAGACAAAAGAAUCUUGCCCAGGCCAUCAAUGUUGAGGCAACCUCUCAGACUGAGAUCCUUGAUGACCUGGCAAGGGGCAUGGAGCAAACCCAUGAUCGUAUUGUCCGGGAAACAGGUGAGGUGAAGGUGAUCACUCGGAAAACUGGAACCUGCUGGUACUGGGUGGCGAUAUUUGCUCUUCUCAUUGCGAUCAUCAUCGUCCUCUCUGUGCCAGGAUGAAGUUUUUAUGCUUGAAGAUGCUUUUGAAUGCUUCUAUCAUGCUAUGUGGACUUUCCACUGUGAUUUAAAAUAUAUUUUGCGAGAAGUUAUAAAAUACACAUUCUACUUG